AUGUUUACUUUCUUCCUGACUGGACUGUGUAUGUAAUGAUGUCUCCAUACACGAAAAUUAAUGAAUUGAAAGUUGAAGAAAAACGGAGGUAUACAAUCAUUGUCAUCCUAAAAUACUUUGUGAAGGCUCCAAAAAUAACGCAGAAAGGCACUUACUAUCAUUCAAAAAUAGCUGUGACAGACGAAUCAGUUGCACCACAGGACUUCAAAGUUUCCAUUUUCUGCCCUCUAGCCAGGCACCCGCCAUUGCCUAUAAACAGUGUUCUCCGCAUUCGAGGAAUAAAGGUAGAAGCUUACAAAAGUAUAGUGGAUGGUAGAAUUUUCGGCUCCGAAAACAUAGAUAUCAUCAAUCCCUUUCAUCCAACUGUCAUUCAUAAAUUGGAUGAAGCUGCAAAACAGAGAUUGAUAGAGUUGGUUUCAGCUUUUCCGUAUUUUUUUGAUGAGUUAAGGUUAGCAUUAAAACCUAACAAGUCUUUGUUGAAUUCACAACUCAUCACAUUUGAAGAUACACAAUUCAAGCUGUUCUCAGUGUCCACUGGUGAAAAUCAAACUUUAAUUGGAGUCCUCAAUGAAAUCAGGGACUGCACUUUAGAUGAGGACACAAAAAUGUGGAACUUUUCAAUCUUUAUUACUGAUAAUACACUCUAUCCCAGUUCACUGAGAGUUUUCGUCAAAUGCUCGUUUGAUUCAAUGCCAAAUUUAUCCAGAUAUGCGGUAAUUUAUUUACGUAAUGUGAAAGUUCAAAGAAGCCAGUAUAUAUUUGAAGGUCAUGUAGAAGAAGGUAAAGAUAUUUUGGAUCUCAACCUGGCAUGUGGCAGAUUGCUUUCUGAUCUGGAUGAAAAGAAACUUAGCACUCUUCCUGAUAAAGAAAAUGUCAAGACACGGAUUGAUGAGCUGAUGAAAUGGUGUCAGCUCCAGUACGGGAAAAUUGCAGAAAUUACACAACUAAGUGGUGUUUUCAAAAUAAAAUGGGAACCCUUAACGUCUGAGAAUUUUCAUGAAAUCUCGUGAUAUCUUUCUGUUCCUUAAAUAUUCAAUUUCUCAGAACUAACUUACUCCACAAUCCAAAGUCAUUUUUCUGUUUCCUCCUCUCUGUUUUUACUCAAGGGCUCAUCAUGCCAAUGUUAUCUGUAUAACUAGCUAGUUAUAUUUUUGUUAAUGAUAUUUUCUAAAUCAGUUAGUAUUUCUGAAUCAUAAUCGGGAUCUGUGUCCUUGCUAGCAAUAACAUAUAUUGUGAAGGAUCCACUUUGGCAAAAAAGUGGGCACUGUCGCAGAUUGGCAGUAUUUUCGAAGAAAGUAGAUAAACUGUAAAUUUGCGUCAGGUCAUUGUAGCAUUUUGAUUCAGAAUUGUGAGAAACCAAGUAUUAAAUUCGUGUAUUUAAUUCCAUAUCAAUUUUUUUCAAUUCCGCUCCUUAUCAAUUUUUGCUGAAAAUGUCACCUAGGUGCAGAUAUCUUACAAAAAAAAAAAUCAGAAAUAUUUCCUGGAAUGUAAGGGUGGAUCGGAUACCAUCCUCAGGGCCAGAUUCCCGAUUUUGCCUCCCUGGGCUAACAAUAGUUUGCCAUCCCUAGAUUCCAAAAGUGGUAAUUUUUGAAAACUUGAAAUGCAAUAAAAAAGAGGAAGGAAAAAGUUUUUCGAGAUCCACUGCCUCCAAUUUGCUGCAAAGGGCCGACCCAUGUGGCCCCUCUUUAAGUCCAGAUCUGGAAGACUACUUAACUUAUUUUUACGUUAGCACCUCUCUUAGAAUUAUUUUUGUACUUAAAGUACAA